AUGAGGAAGCCCAACAGCCCAGCUCUGGGUUGCAGACCAGAGGAGGAGGAGGAGGAGGAGGCGCAGCGGCAGCAGAAGUGGCGGCCAGCGCUUAUCGGCUCCCCUUCCUCAGGUGUAGCCCGGAACGCAUCUGGGGCGCAAUCUGCGCUCUGGACGCAGCUGCUGCUGCUACUCUCUGCUCGCCUCUUCCAGGAGAAGACCACCACCACGCCGCCCCCACCACAGCAGCCAGCGAAGCAGCAUCACCCCACCGACGUGCUCAACUAA